AAUUGAUUCUUGUUUUUCUACUUCAGUAGUUAUCCAGAAUCAGCAACAUCAAUGGGUCGUUUCCUCCUCACUUCGUUUUUCUUGAUACUAGUUUCUGUCACUUUAGCAUCAUUUAUUGGCGGGAUGAACGUUGCUCAGGCACGUAAGCUUUUGGAGACACCUGAUGAGCUUCCAAAGCCCACAAUUCCCGAGCUUCCCAAACCCACAUUUCCUGAGAUUCCAAAGCCUACACUUCCCGAAAUCCCAAAGCCUACACUUCCUGAGAUUCCAAAACCUUUAAUUCCUGAGGUUCCAAAACCGACGGUUCCUGAGAUACCGAAACCUGCAGUUCCCGAAAUUCCUAAGCCUACUAUUCCCGAGAUUCCAAAGCCUACACUUCCUGAACUUCCAAAACCCACAGUUCCUGAGAUUCCAAAGUCCACACUUCCUGAAGUUCCAAAGCCCACCGUUCCUGAGAUUCCAAAACCCACACUUCCUGAGAUUCCGAAGCCCACUGUUCCAGAGGUUCCAAAGCCCACAGUUCCCGAGGCUACGAAACCAGUACUUCCUGAGGUACCUAAGCCAAUAGUUCCCGAGGGGCCGAAGCCUACACUUCCAGAACUUCCAAAGCCCACACUUCCCGAGUUACCAAAGCCUGAAUUACCAACACUACCUAAGCCUACAGUGCCAACCAUUCCUGAACUUCCAAAAGAAUUCCCUUUGCUACCGCAUCCUUGAAAACAUGCUCUUCUUACAUGUCUUUUAUGUUUUCACAACAAUCUUUAU